UAUGUCACUCAUCAAAUAACCUCAAAGUUUCAUAACAGUUAAAUACAACACAAAGUGCUAAAAUAAAUAAUAUUUGGAGAAUUUAAUUAAUAAAUAUAAUAAAAAGAGUCAAAACUUGUUAUUUGGGUAUAAAACACAAUUUAUCAAAAUGAAUUUAGCUCGUCAACUAUGUACAAUUCGUAAUAACAGUGUCGGAAAAAACGUCUACAGAAAAUUCCGAUUUUCUUGUGCUAAUCACGAAAGUUCGCAUGCUAGCCAGCCGCAGGUUCAAGAGGAGAAGUUCGAUUUUGAAGACCUGAAAGUUUUUGAGCGGGUCGAGCGGCGUAAACCGAAAAUUCCACCAUUCAUGAAAGAUGUAUUCGUAUCUGUCUACAAUAAAGAAUUGCUGGCCUAUCCCGAAAUUUUGAAUAAAGAAGAGUCCGAGGCGUUGGACCAAAGAGUUUCAGUGUUAAAAAAAGUAUUUUCCGACCCUGAAAAAUCCAAAGAGGACAAAAUACGCGCGUUAAAAGGAACGAAAAUGUACGCAGCACCUGUACCGCUAACAAACAAUGGUUUAGCGUUGAAUUAUACUGAAAGUAUAAGAUAUUUGGAGGUGAUAUCGUCUGAUAUAAGUCUAGGACAGGAAAUAAGUGACCAUUGGGUCGGUUUGGCAGCAUUGAAAAAAGGUUUAGAGCCGGAACAAUUCAAUCAAAUCAUUGAUGACUUAACUAGCGGUGACCACACUAUAAGUUUGUGUAUAAAAGAGAGAGUCGCUGAAAGAAUAUCACAGGCCGAUUUCAGGUCAUUUGCGGAAUUAGACCAACAUAGUGUAUGGCGAGUGACCGGUGAGAAGGUAUGCCACAAGGCUGAUGGGUACCGUCUGGUACUAUGCAGUAUAGAAGGCAACCGUCUCAGGGCCUACCUUAUCCAUCCAACGGCCAACGGAGUCAGUCACGAUGGAACUUUUGUCACAUUCAGGAAGACACCUGCGACACCUCUGGACUCGGUGACUGAACAAGAGCUGGCCCACAUACUCGGAUCAUCGAGAUUACACGCCGCCACUUUGUGCAGGUCGAGCUUGAAGAAAGCAUUACAUUCCUGUGUGGAGUACGUACAGCCGAGAGCUUUGUCUGGCAAACCGCUGUCACAACUGUCAACAAUAAGAGCGACAAUAGGCGAGGCUCUGCUGCAGAUAUACGCGUCAGAGAGCGCGGAGUACUUCACCGCCGGCCUGGUGGACGGUUACGAGGAGCCUGAUGCUGAACUGGAGAUGGCAAUGUGCAGGAACUUCAUAUCUAACCACGGAUUGAAGGCGAUCAUGAGAUUACUCUCGAUACCAGCUCUGGAGAAGGAGUUGGAGUGCAAACAAUUGCUGGAUGACAUGCGUCAUCUCUCGUCCAGGGGGGAGAGUUUGGACAGCAUCAACACUUUCAUUGCUCUGAGCGGACUUCAGCAUGCCGGUAAAAUGAUGGCGGAAGAGGUGAAGCAGAUAAGGAAUCCUUUGAUGCACCCCACUUUCAUCAUAAAGAAAGUUCUGUCCAACAGGCAUCAGGAGAAGGACGAACCUAAACUGGACUUGUAUUUGGCUGAACAUCUCCACCCGACGCUGAGACCGCCCGCGGAACAGUUGGAGUAUUGCGUUCUGAGGAUGAGGUUCGCUUGCGAGACUCUGAUGAGCCGUCACGGCGUGGAAGUGGUCACGGCGUUCACCGAGCUGAACAGAUUGGCCGAAGCUGCAUCAGAUAUCCUGGUCAUGACCUCGGUGCUGGCGAGGGCUUCAAGAGCAUACUGCAUCGGAUUGCGCAACGCUGAAAUUGAAAUGAAAUUGGCCGCCUGCUUUGUGGAGAACACUAAAGAGCGUGUAAGGAGAUUGAUAAAACAGAUUGAUGACGGUGAAUAUCUCAACCUGGAUCAUUUCAAGGUACAAUUCGGUAAGAAAGUUCUGGAAGCAAACUCUACGCUUGUAGAAAAACCUACGGCAAGAACUUAUUGGUAGUUAGGUAUUAUGAAAAAAAAUGUUAUUUUUUAUAGGAGUUGUGUUCUGUGGGUUAUUUGAGAACUAUGUAAGUAACUACAUUGAUAUGUCGGUAUGUAAAUAAUGAUGUAAUAAAAAAAAAGCGCCGUGCGGUUCCCGGCACCAAUACAAAAAAGAAUAGGUCUCACUCCAUCUCGUCCCCGUGAAUGUUGUAAUAGGCGACUGAGGGAUAGGCUCACAAACUUGGGAUUCUUCUUUUAGGCGACGGGCUAGUCACUAUUUGAAUCUCAAUUCUGUCAUUGAGACAAAUAGCUCAAUGUGCCUUUCAGUCUCUUCAAGACUGUUGGCUCUGUCUACCCCGCAAAUCUGCAAAUCCCUUAGCCGCCUUUUACGACAUCCAUGGGAACGAGAUGCUGUGGUCCUAUUCUUUUUUAAUUGGUGCCGGGAACCACACGACACCAAUUAAUAAAGUGUAUUUCUUAGUAAUAAAGAUGAUAUUUUUAAUAAAAUAGCAAAACACAUCUAGAAUUCCAUUCUUCUAGAAUCUUCGGAAUUAAUGUCAGAUAAAAACUCUUGGAACUGAAGUCUCGGUGUGAAGAUAAAGUUAUGAAUGAUUAAUUAUGUUUGUAUUUCGUGUUAUUGUAUGAGAUUGUAACAAUAAAAGAUGUUUAGUUAU